AUGGCACAAAAUGAAAGUGACAGUGAACAUAGUGAAUACGAAGAAUUGUAUGAAAAAAGUAAAACUACUAAUCAGUCUAAAGGUCACUCUAAAAGCUUCGUCUGGGACUACUUUGACAAGGAUAAAAAUGAUAUGAGUGAAUUAACAAUUCUUAAUUCUGUAAAAGAAAUUAUAAAUGAUACAAAAGAUAUUGUUAAAGUUAAAGAAAUUGACACUUCAUUAGAAAUCAUAUACAAAACAAUCAAUAUUUUAGUUUUAAUAAUUACAAUUAGAAUGCUUGAGAAG